AUGGCCUAUAGGGUCCUGGGCCGCGCGGGGCCAGCUCAGCCGCGGAGGGCGCGCAGGCUGCUCUUCGCCUUCACGCUCUCGCUCUCCUGCACUUACCUGUGCUACAGCCUCCUGUGCUGCUGCGACGACCUGGGCCAGAGCCGCCUCCUCGGCGCGCCUCGCUGCCUGCGCGGCCCCGGCGCGGACGGCCAGAAACUUCUCCCGAAGUCCCGCCCCUGCGAUCCCCCGGGGCCCACUCCCAGCGCGCCCGUCGCCGCCGCCGCGUCUGGCCCUCGCCUCCCGGCUGCCAACCACUCGGGCUCGGCCAGGAUGGGCACCAAGCGACUGCCCCAAGCCCUCAUCGUGGGCGUGAAGAAGGGGGGCACGCGGGCCGUGCUGGAGUUCAUCCGCGUGCACCCGGACGUGCGGGCCCUGGGCACGGAGCCACACUUCUUCGACAGGAACUACGGCCGCGGGCUCGACUGGUACAGGAGCCUCAUGCCGCGGACGCUGGAGAGCCAGAUCACACUGGAGAAGACACCCAGCUACUUCGUCACGCAGGAGGCCCCCCGGCGCAUCUUCAACAUGUCCCGGGACACCAAGCUGAUCGUGGUCGUGCGGAACCCGGUGACCCGGGCCAUCUCGGACUACACACAGACGCUCUCCAAGAAGCCAGACAUCCCCACCUUCGAGGGCCUGUCCUUCCGCAACCGCACGCUGGGCCAGGUGGAUGUGUCGUGGAGCGCCAUCCGCAUAGGCAUGUAUGCGCUGCACCUGGAGAGCUGGCUGCGGUACUUCCCUCUGGCUCAGAUCCAUUUCGUCAGCGGCGAGCGGCUCAUCACCGACCCGGCGGGCGAGCUGGGCCGCGUCCAGGACUUCCUGGGCAUCAAGAGGUUCAUCACGGACAAGCACUUCUACUUCAACAAGACCAAAGGAUUCCCUUGCUUGAGAAAAACAGAAUCGAGCCUCCUGCCUCGGUGCCUGGGCAAAUCGAAAGGCAGAACUCAUGUACAGAUUGAUCCAGAAGUGAUAGACCAGCUCCGGGAAUUUUAUAGACCUUAUAAUAUUAAAUUUUAUGAAACAGUUGGACAGGACUUCAGGUGGGAGUGA